CAACAUCUACUAGUCACUGUCAAUGCUGACGAUACCUUUCUGCAUCUCAUGGUUAAUUGAAAAUUGAAAUCAAACGUUUACAAGUGUGGCUGCAAGUAAUGAAUAGUUUAUCGUUAUUUUGAUAAUAAUAUUCUAAUUAAAAAUAUAAACUUUAUGCAAUUGAUGAACUAAAAUGAGUUCAAAAAAAGAAGCUUUAAGAAAAAUAAAAUCGUUAUGUUACUUGACAUUGGGGGGUUCUGUUGCUUACCAAUUUAUCUAUAUGAAAAAGGAUUUUAAUGGCUAUUAUGGUAAAUUUCUUCAACCAGCAAGUCAAUAUCUGAACCCGGAAUUAGCUCAUAGAGUUGGAGUGUCUGCUAUUAAAUAUGGUUUUUUUCCCUCGGAAAAAUUCACAGACCCUAAAGUUUUAGACACAAAUUUCCUGGACUCGAAAUUAAACAAUCCCUUAGGUAUAGCAGCUGGUUUUGACAAACAUGGUGAUGCUGUAAAUGGAUUGAAAAAUAUUGGUUUCUCCAUUAUUGAAGUUGGUUCAGUAACACCAGAACCACAGCCUGGUAACCCAAAGCCAAGAGUAUUUAGAUUACCAGAGGAUGAAGCUGUUAUUAAUAGAUAUGGUUUUAAUAGUGAAGGCCAUGACAAAGUCUAUAAAAAGAUAUGUAACAUUGACAAAACAUUAUUAGACAAUUGCUUAUUAGGAAUAAAUUUAGGUAAAAAUAAAGUGUCAGAAAAUGCUGUUCAAGAUUAUACUCUGGGUAUAAAGAAAUUUUGUGAUGUAGCUGAUUAUUUUGUUAUAAACAUUAGCAGCCCAAACACCCCAGGAUUAAGAUCUUUACAAAAAAAGGAAGAAUUACAUGAACUUUUGACAGAAAUAAAUAAAACAAGGAAUUUAGUUCAGUCAACAAAAAAGAUUCCCUUACUUCUGAAACUGGCUCCGGAUUUAACUAUAGAAGAAAUAAAAGAUAUAGUUUCUGUUAUUACAAAGAAAGAAAGUAAAGUUGAUGGUCUUAUAAUCUCAAACACUACUAUAGACAGACCCUUAUUAAUAAAUAAAACAUUUCCAAAUGAAACUGGAGGACUCAGUGGAAGGCCUUUAGCAAAUAAAUCUACAGAAAUGAUUAGAAAUGUAUAUAAGUUAACAAAAGGUAAAAUACCAAUAAUUGGUGUUGGGGGAGUCUUCACUGGACAAGAUGCAUAUGAAAAAAUUUUAGCUGGUGCUAGUGCAGUACAAAUAUAUACUGCCUUUAUUUACCAUGGUCCUCCAGUGAUCACCAAAAUAAAAUCAGAAUUGGCAGAAUUAUUGGAAAGGGAUGGUUAUAAAAAUGUAAAUGAAGCUGUUGGUAAAGGAGUGAAAUGACAACAAAUGAUGGUUACGUAAUAAAUUUAUAUAAUAUUUAUAUAUUUAGUUUUUUAUUAUAAAUUAUAUUUUAUGUAGAGUU